AUGGUCUACAACUACAAGCAUGGUUUCUCGGGCUUUGCCGCCAUGCUCACCGCGGACCAAGCAACAAGGCUUGCAGAGUUUCCGGGAGUCAUCAGUGUUGAACCGAGCAAAACAUACAGGACCACCACCACACGGAGCUGGGACUUUCUUGGACUCAACUACCCGUCCUCCCAUACGCCGGCCAGUGAGCUACUCCAGGCAAGCAACUACGGAGAGGAUAUAAUCAUCGGUGUGGUUGACACUGGGAUCUGGCCGGAGUCGAGAAGCUUCAGCGACCAAGGUGGAAAGGAAAAUGCCAGGUUGGGCCAGACUGGGGCAGCAACAACUGCAGCCGAAAGAUCAUUGGCGCACGGUUCUACACUCUCGCCACGGGACCAUGCCGGCCACGGCACACACACGGCCUCCACCGCGGCUGGCUCGGCUGUGGGGCAGGAAGCUGCCAGCUUCCAUGGCAUUGCCGCGGGGGUCGCACGGGGAGGCGCGCCACACGCUCGCAUCGCAGUGUACAAGUCCUGCUGGAGCAAGGAGGGCCACUGCCCCACGCCGGCCGUGCUAGCCGCCAUCGACGACGCCAUCCAUGACGGGGUGGACGUUCUGUCAUUGUCCCUGGAAAUGAGCGAGAACUCAUACGGUACACUACAUGCGGUCCUGAAGGGGAUCGUCAUGGUGCACACCGCUGGCAACGCUGGGCCGCAUAUGCAGACCAUCAGGGACACCUCCCCGUGGGCCAUCACCGUCGCGGCAACCAACAUCGAUCGCUCGUUCGAUACAGUGAUCACGUUGGGAAACAAGCAACAAAUAGUGGGACAAUCUCUCUAUUACCAAGGGAAGAAGGACUCAUCAUCCAGGAGCAGUUUCGGAAAUUUUGCAUGUUUACGAUCUUGUACCGCAGAGGUUUUUGACGGCGCCCAAGACCUGAAAGGGUUGAUCCUCCUCUGCAACGAUCAAACGGGAGCUUUAUUCCCGGCGGUGCAAUACCUCAUGGAUGGAGGAGGAACCGGACUCAUCAUCGUGUCAUCCACGACGGACGACAUGAGACCCGUGACAGAUUGUGAAGGCAUCGCCUGUGUAGUUGUCAACAUCGAAGACGCGGAGAGGAUGUGCCAAUACUAUGAGGACACAAGCUCUGCCCAGGCAAAGAUUGAACCGGCGGGCACCGUUACGGGCAAGGAGAUACUGGCCCCAAAAGUGGCGAUCUUCUCCUCCAGAGGCCCAUCUGUUACUUACCCCGCCAUUCUCAAGCCUGACAUAGCUGCACCUGAAGCCAACAUCCUGGCAGCAAAACAAGAUGGCUACGUAUUUAAGUCAGGGACGUCCAUGGCAGCCCCUCAUGUAGCGGGCAUCGCAGCCCUACUCAAAGUUUUGCACCCAUACUGGUCUCCUGCGGCAAUAAAAUCUGCCAUGGUUACCACUGCCCAUGUAACCGAUGAACGUGGCAUGCCGAUAAUGGCGGAAGGAUAUUCGCGGAAGAUCGCCGACCCAUUCGACUACGGAGGCGGGACCAUCAAUCCUUGCGGGGCGGCUCAUCCCGGCCUCAUAUAUGACAUCGAUCCAAGUGAUUACAGCAAAUUCUUCAAAUGCACCAUCAGCAACAAGAGGACACCCGUGGAUUGCAACACCACCACCAUGCAACCAGCGUAUUACUUGAACCUGCCAUCCAUAUCGGUUCCCGAUCUCAGGCAUCCCAUCACCGUUUCCAGGACUGUGACCAAUGUCGGCGAGGUCAAUUCUGUGUACCAUGCCGCAGUCCAGAGCCCAACAGGAGUCAAGAUGGAGGUCGUCCCGCCCGUUCUUGUGUUCGACGCUACCAACAAAGUUCAGACGUAUCAGGUGAAGCUAUCACCUAUGUGGAAGUUGCACGGGUACUACACAUUUGGUAGCCUUACCUGGCAUAACGACCAAAAGACAGUGAGGAUUCCAAUUGUGACACGACUUACAAUUGAAGAAUUCUACUGA